AAUACAGCCAAUCACCUGUCCCACAAUCCAAUAGUGUGCUCAUCCUAGCCGUGUUCACCUUCUGUCUUCUGUCCCCAGCGCCGGCAACUUAAAUGUGGGCGCCGGCUGUGACAGCUUGCAGCUUCACAGCCGGAUGCCCACUGAGCAUGCGCAAGCAGUUCUGCACAUUGUGAAUGGUUCUGCAAUCUUCUGGGACCUGUCACAUGUUCCAGAAGACUGGGGAGGGAGGGGAGACGAGAACUUCCUCUUCCAAUCGCCUAGGCAGGUGGACUGGAAGUGGGAAUGGAUACCUGUCAAAAUCGGGUACCCUCCCACCCCCCCGACACUCACCAAAGUGAACGAGUCCUUAAAGCGGAGCUCUACCUAAGAGGGGAAGUUCCGCUUUAAG